AAAUUAAAUUUAGGUUCAAUAAUGCAAAUAUUGCAUAGAAAAUCGGAAGUGAUAAGAAGGGAAUUCAAAAGAUCUCUUCAGGUCUUACUGUUCCUCAGUCCUUCUUUCUCUGAGAAGGUGCGGUCCAAUUUAAGCAGCAUGAAGAUAUUUUCGAGGAAAGAGUCUACAAGUUUUGUGCCAAAGAGGGUUCUCGUCUUGACGAAGAUAUCGCGAUAUCAGUUUGAAAAAAUGCGAGAGCCUGACCUCGAUGAGUCUCUCUUGAGGCUCAAGUUAAAGGAAAGAGGUUCGGAUUACGAGGCCAUGCUCACGAGUCAUUACAGGAAUAAAGCUGCUGAAUUAAGAACAACCGAGGUUCUUCGAAAGCUCAACAUAGAGUACAAAAUCAUGGACAGGGUGACCACCUGGAGAGUUUUUGUUUUUAGGCUCUACUUUGAGAAAGAAGAGGAUAUUGUAGAUACAUCUCAGAAUCUGCCAGAGGAGCGACGAUUACCGUGGUUAGCUCUAAACGAAGUAUUUAUAGGGGAAACUUUAUCUGCGAGAACAAGUUCCUUGCUUAUUAAAUUGGACGACGAGGAAAAAUAUCACAAGGUGAAAAGCUCAGGUUUGUGCGUAAGCACAGGAACAGGUUCAACUUCCUGGUUUAGGUCGAUAAGUUGUUUGAGUCCUCAAACGGUCAAGGACGUUUUGAGCAUAGCAGAUCCUCAGAAAAUUUAUGCUAGCGAAGACGUUGAGAAUAUUUGUUCAGAGUACAACAAUAGGUUGCAAUUCUCAGCGGAGGACGCAAGGAUGAACUACGCGAUUCGUGAUAUGAUAGUUUCGGAAACUUGGCCACUUCCAAAAAGUAUGCACCCGAGAGGAUUUUGCGUGAGGGUGAUGGUUCGAUCCCUUUGCCACGAUUCUGGACUUGUACUUGACGGUGGUAUUUCGGUACCCUUUCCUAUGGGAACCAUAGCAAUUCUAGAAACUUAUCCGGAAGAUUCACUAAGAAACAUCGUUUUAGAGUAACUGGGAAAAAGUAAAAAUACUUUCUUCCGAGAAAAGCCCGGAACUUUCUGUGUUUUUCAUACAAAGACAACCUAUAUUUUCUACUUAAAAAUCUCUCGAUUCGAGACCAGAAAAAAAAAGUUUGACUCUCCUUUUUAGAUCAGGUGUUCUCGAUGAGAGGCUGAAGAUGUGAUAAAAGCCGGUAAGAGGUUUCGAAGAAAGGAUUUCUAUGAUUUUCUUUAUUUAAAAGACUACGAUGUUCUCUUCGUGUACAGAGCGUGGUUUUCUUUUUUAACGCAGUUUCAAACCACGAUAAUCGCACGCGUUUGAGGCCCAAGACGCACGAAAAUCAUGUAAUUAUUUUUUUUUGCGGAAUUGAGAUGUAAAGAUAAAAGUAUAUAGAAUAUUUUCUGAGAGAUGCUCGGAAAAAGGAACGUCAUUUCCUAGUGGAUUUUGAAAUGUUCAAAUUAGAUCGAUCAAAGAGACGAGAGAGAAAUGACGUUGAUCUGUGAUCAUCAGCAUUUAGGUAGUUACCUGAUCACGUGAAAUCGGAAAUAUGAUCAUCGAACUCUGUAGAAACUUGUAUAAAACGUAUUGUUUGUAUCUGUAGGGUUUAAAGAACUUGUUGGGUAUGUCAUCUUUCUUUAGAAGAUGCUUAGGAAAAGAUUUAUGUAAAAAUUUACUUGGUGUUGGUGGAAAGUCCAAUUCCAGGUUCUAUGCAGUACCGAAAAAUCUGCACCGAUUUUUAUUUUUUAUAUGUACCUAUCCAAUGUAUAUGUAACAAAUUUUGACUUUCAUAUGUGCAAUUUUCUUGCGAAAUAAUAAAAAAAAAAACUGGACACA